GCUAGCGUUACGACGAGCCUGCUCUCUCCCCGGUCGGAAAUCGGUGCCUUCGGAUUUGGUUGCUGUCAGUAAAAUACCUUCUUGGUACUUGGGUGAUUUUUUGUUUCUGUGUUUUUUUUUUUGAAAAGUGCCUGAUUUUUAACAUCUCAAAAAGAAAUAAUUUUGUGAUUUUGCGAGAAAAAGUUGUCUAAUUAACUGUGUUUGCACAGAAAAGUGUUUUUUUUUUCAAAUCAAGAUUUCAUUCUAUCCUAAUUGGGUGUCAGGUGCUGUUUGAAAAUCGAUCACGUGUGGGUUUGAGUGGAAAAUUUUUGCCUAGCCAAAAAUCAUGCAAAAAUUGAUCAACAUCUGAAAGUGUGUGCGUGUGCGUGCGUGAAAGAAAGUAAAUAAACAUCGUUGAGACAACCGUUUACCAUGGAAACCGUACCAUCGAGUUCAAACGCGGAAUCGCAGCGACAGCAAAGUCUCGGCGUGGGCAACGAAAGCGAAAGUGAAUCCGGAGUGAAACUGUCCGAUUCUCGUUCUCCGUCGCCGCAGUUGCCCCACAAGGCCCCCAAGAAGGUAUCCUUCUCGGACGAACUGCCGCAGGAGAACGCGUCCAGCAACAAUACUAGCAGUGGGAUCAGUGAAAAUUCUAACCUCAACCCACCGACAACCUUGACCCAGAAAAGUGAAAGUGAUCGAUCGUCUCCAUCCCGCAUGGAACCGAACCCGUUUGUGUUUGUGCUCCAAAAGAAUGGAAACUACCUUAACAACUUGCAUCAACUGGACUCAGAAUCGAAGAAGAAUUCUGCUGUCGAGGAACCCCCAUUCGGACUUCCGGCUGCAAUAAUCCGGGAUACUUUCCCGAACGAGCGCCGCCUUUCGAUUCAUUCGACAGGCGCCCCAGAAGAAAGUGGAAGUGAAGUUGACCUUGGCCAACAACCUGCCAAGAAGCCUACUUCGAUCUUGAAAGCGACGACCGCGGAACCAUCACCCGGGGUAACCCCAAAACAACAACAACAACAACCAUUCGAUCCGAUUUCCGCCGGGCUAGUGAAUGAUCUGCGGGCCCAAAGUGAUCUGGUGAGUGCGGCCAUGUCUGGUGGUCCACCAAACAACAAACCCCAGAACCUGGCCGACAGUGACAAGAUCGAGAAGAGCGUGGCGGUCGCACCAGCGGAAAUGCCUCCACCGGAAACCGGUGUCAGUGCGAUGGAGCUGGAAGUGCGCCGGGACAAGCGCCGCUGGCUGUUGAUUUCGGAGCUCAGCGCAAUCUGUGGCGAGGACAAGCACACCGUCGACGGGUUCAAGCGGAUCUUCCGAGAACAGACCUUUCUGCAGAACCUGUUCCGGCUCUUCGAUAUGGACAAUGAAAAUUACCUGGCCCAGGACAAGUGGAUCGAACAUAUCAAAGGGCGCUUGACAGAUGAAAAGCAGAUCGAUUUUGCGGAACAAAUCGAAUCGGUUGCAUACGUGCUGUGUGGCGAAGGAACCGUAACCUACGAUAAGUUCAGUCAAAUCUGGCACGCCAAAGGGAUUCUGGAUAAGCUGUAUCGAUUGAUUGAUGUCGAAUCGGCCAACCUGUUAUCCACCAACCAAAUCAUGGAGUUCAUAUCAAAUCUCACCAACUCAAGGCCCCGCACAGGCUUCGACAAAUCAUCCCUGGAACGGUUGGAGCAACUUUUCAUCAAAACCGUUGGCAACGAGAAGGAAAUUCGCCGGGAGGAGUUCAAAAAGAUCGUCACAUCCAAGAAUCCAUUCUUCACGGAACGUGUCUUUCAAAUAUUCGAUAAAGACAACUCGGGAACGAUUUCCUUGCAGGAAUUUAUCGAUGCAAUCCAUCAGUUUGCCGGCCAGUCUCCGGAGGAUAAAAUUAAAUUUUUAUUCAAAGUAUAUGAUUUGGAUGGCGAUGGGCUGAUACAACAUCUGGAGCUGCAACACGUAAUGCGAGCCUGCAUGGAGGAGAACGGAAUGCGCUUUUCAGAGGAUCAGAUCGAAGAUCUUACCAUGGCCAUGUUUGAGGACGCCGAUAAGUACAACCGGGGGGCCAUCACAUACGAAGCGCUCAAAUCGCAGCUGGAGAAGCACGGGGGGCUACUGGAGAACUUGAGUAUCAGCAUCGACCGCUGGCUGGUUCCACUGCCUCAGGAGAAUGCCGCGGCGACCAGGAAAAAGCACAAAAAGAAACCGCUGCCCCACCAGCUGACGGCGCCGUACAUUAAAAAUAAUUACGUGUACCUCUCGUUCCUGGCCGUCUUCAUCGUGAUCAACGUGGGCCUGUUCGUUUCGCGUGCCAUCCAGUAUCGGAACAGCAACGGAUUUGUCAUCCUGGCGAGGGCCUGCGGUCAAUGCUUGAACUUCAACUGUGCCUUCAUCCUGGUACUGAUGCUCCGGCAAAGCAUAACCUUUCUUCGGACCCGCGGCUUUACGGCCUUCCUCCCGCUAGAUCAGCACAUCUAUUUGCACAAACUGACCGGGAUGCUGGUGGCCGGUUACAGUUUGCUCCACACCAUCAUGCAUCUGUUUAAUUUCACCACGAUUGUGGUCAACGAUCCGGUUAUCAACGUCAAGAACUUCACCACGGCCGAGUGGCUGUUCACGACUCGGCCUGGGCACUUCGGACUCAUCGCGGGAUGCGCCAAUCCGACCGGAAUGGCCCUGUUCGUGAUCCUGCUGGUGAUGUUUGUCUGUUCGCAGCCAUUUGUGCGACGAGGAGGCAGCUUUGAAGUUUUCUACUGGACCCACCUGUUAUACAUCCCGUUCUGGAUACUGGUGCUGUUCCAUGGGCCGAAUUUCUGGAAAUGGUUCAUCGUACCCGGCUUCAUCUAUCUGGUUGAGCGAACCGUUAGAUUAGUUUGGAUGCGAACAGAGCACGGCAAGACGUACAUCUCCUCGGGACUGCUACUUCCGUCGAAGGUCACUCACCUCGUCAUCAAGCGACCGGUUCAUUUCUGCUUUCGGCCAGGGGACUACGUCUUCGUCAACAUUCCGGCCAUUGCCAAGUACGAGUGGCAUCCGUUUACGCUGAGUAGUGCCCCCGAACAGGAAGACUACAUUUGGCUCCACAUACGAGGGGUAGGCGAAUGGACCAAUCGCCUGCACGGCUUCUUCGAAAAAGAACAGGAGCGUCUACACAAUGGUGAAAUCCCGGCCGUCAUUGCAGGAUGUUCCACGGCACCGUCUUCCUCACACAGCGAAGUUAUCCAGGAGAAACCGAAAGAAAUCCCGAUGAAAUUUUCCGCAGGACACCCCAAAAGCGCCAGCCUCGAAUCACCGCUAGCCAAAACCACAGACAAUUCGUUCGAAAAACCCAUCAUCAACAAGCGACAUCCUCCGGGAACUUCCAAGCUCGCGAUGGAGAGCUACACGGCUCCGUCACCACAAACACCCCCGAAAUUCGACCGACAACUUUCGGAGAACAAAGCGAUCCGAAAAAUUCAAGCCACCCUGCAGCGAACCUUCUCCCGGAAGGAUCAGUUCCGAGGCAAUGGAGUGUCCAACGAAGCCUUCACCGGCGAUGACGGUCUCGAUGAACCGAAACGGAAAGUUACACCGGAGCACAACCUGCACAAGCUGCUGUUCCAGCAGAAGGUUCCCCUGGAAAAAUCUCUCUCCAUGCCCGACAUUCAGAACAAAGUGAAAAAACGAGAAAGGAUGAUGGUCCUCCGCGAGUACAUGCGUUCCGAGUCGGAGCGAUCAUUCGAUGAAGUACAGAUACGGAAAGCUCGCAUGCAAGCCCUCGGACUAGCAUACCUGAGUCCGCAGAACAAAUCUCUGGCCCAAAGUUUCCGAUACAUGCGCAACAAACCCACCAUCAUUGCCUUCAAAACACCGAGCCUGGAGAACUGUGAACCCCGUGACUCGACCAAUUCGAUCGUUGUUUCGCCCGGUGUUUUCACACAGAAAGAGGCCGAAGAGGGCAAAAUCAUGCACGGGCAUCGGACGACAACUACAACCAUGACCACGACCGUCACAUCUCCCCACAAACCGGGUGCCACGGACGAGGACAAACUUCAGCGACCGGUCAACUACCCGGUCGGAAAACCUCUGGAAAUCUACAUCGAUGGCCCGUACGGAGCGCCCUCGAGUCACAUCUUCCGGGCCCAGCACGCCAUCCUCAUCGCAACCGGCAUCGGCGUGACGCCCUUCGCCUCGAUCCUACAAUCCAUCAUGCACCGAUACUGGAAGGCCCGGCAUUGCUGUCCCCGGUGUAGCUACGAGUGGUCCAGCGAAAUUCCGCCGACCAUCAUGAACCUCCGGAAGGUGGACUUCUUCUGGAUCAACCGGGACCAACAGUCGUUCGAGUGGUUCGUCAAUCUGCUCUCGCAGCUGGAAAUCGAACAGGCCGAACUGGGCGGGGCCAUGGAGCGGUUUCUGGAGAUGCACAUGUACAUUACCAGUGCGCUGCAGAAAACGGACAUGAAGGCGGUCGGACUGCAGCUGGCCCUCGAUCUGCUGCACCAGAAGGAAAAACGUGAUCUCAUCACUGGCCUCAAGACGCGCACCAAUGCCGGUCGGCCCAACUGGGACAAAGUGUUCAAACAGAUCCAGGACCAGAAGAAGGGCAAAGUGACCGUUUUCUACUGUGGGCCCCCGCAGCUCGGCAAAACCCUACGCUACAAGUGCGACCAGUUUGGAUUUCAGUUCCGGAAGGAGGUGUUCUAGGAGCUCACUCUGGAGCCGUUAUUCUAUCUAUAUAUUGUAGGAUCAAUUCAAUGUGCUAUCUACGUUUCAUUUUCAAGAAUAAUGUUAAUAUUAGAUAUCGAACUUAUGCCUAAUUAUUGUCGUUUUAUAAAUUAUUGUAAUAUUUUGUUACCCAUUCCAUACAUCUUCUGUAAAAAAAAAUCUGUCUUAAUUUAUUCUUAAUGAUUUAGCCCUAAAAUAAACGCUGUCAUCAUCAU